GUCUAUAUAGAUUGUUUGCUGUGUAAGUUUGAUUUUGCACUUUGGUCCACUGUUAUCCAAUACCAUCCUAUAUCUCCAACCAUGUCAGCCUUUGUUGGCAAAUAUGCUGAGGAGCUUAUAAAGAAUGCCAAGUACAUUGCCACCCCAGGGAAGGGCAUAUUGGCAGCAGAUGAGAGCACGGGCACCAUUGGCAAGCGUCUAUCCAGCAUCAAUGUCGAGAACAUCGAGUCCAACCGCCAAGCACUCCGUGAACUUCUCUUCACCUCCCCCAAUGCCCUAACCUACCUCUCAGGUGUCAUUCUCUUCGAGGAGACCUUGUACCAGAAGACCACUGAUGGCAAACCCUUCGUCGAAGUCCUCCAGGAAAACAAUGUCAUUCCAGGUAUCAAAGUUGACAAGGGUACCGUUGAGUUAGCUGGAACAAAUGGAGAAACUACAACUCAGGGCUUUGACUCUCUGGGAGCUAGGUGCGCACAGUACUACAAGGCCGGUGCCCGGUUUGCCAAGUGGCGCGCCGUGCUCAAGAUUGGACCCACUGAGCCCUCUGAAUUAUCUAUUCAGCAGAAUGCACAGGGGUUGGCUCGCUAUGCCAUCAUCUGCCAGGAGAAUGGACUGGUGCCAAUUGUUGAGCCAGAGAUUUUGACUGAUGGGGACCAUGACAUCAAGAAAAAUGCAGCUGUCACUGAAACUGUGCUUGCAGCAGUUUACAAGGCUCUCAAUGAGCAUCAUGUUCUUCUUGAAGGCACACUCCUUAAGCCCAACAUGGUCACACCAGGCUCUGACAGCCCAAAGGUUACACCCGAGGUGAUUGCUGAGUACACAGUGACUGCACUGCGCCGGACAGUCCCAGCAGCAGUGCCCGGGAUUGUGUUUCUGUCCGGAGGACAGAGUGAGGAGGAGGCAACGCUGAAUCUGGAUGCAAUGAACAAGUUGGAUGUGUUGAAGCCAUGGACUCUUUCGUUCUCGUUUGGGCGAGCUUUGCAAGCAAGCACACUUAAGACUUGGGGUGGGAAGAAGGAGAAUGUUGGGAAAGCUCAGGAGAAUUUCUUGACAAGGUGCAAGGCUAACUCAGACGCCACUCUUGGAAAGUACGGUGGAGGAAGUGCUGAUGGAUUGGCUUCUGAGAGUUUGUUUGUUAAGGGAUACAAGUACUAGUUGUAGUACUAGACCUUUGACUAUAUGGGGGUUUGGGAAUGGGACUUGUAUUUAAUUUUGUCCAAAAAAAACAACUAAAACUUAUAAUUUCUCUCUUUUCCAAAUGCUCACUCUCGGUAGUUGUUACAUAUUCUACAAUGUUUUAUGUUAUGAAUACUUAACUCAAUUGUAUUCUCAAACAAUCAUCUAUCGCAUGAGGCUUAUAACUUAA